GUGCUAAUGUCAAUACGCUCGGAAAGCGGAAAAGUCGUUCUGAUGUCAAUCCUGAAAAUGUGGACGUUUAUGGGAGGAAAAUCCUUCUAAAGCAAACAUUAAGAUUGCCGAUGUUCAGUGCUGUGAAAAAGUGUUCUAUUUACCUAAUGUCUGACGUUGCUGCGAUGCUGAAGUAGAGCAUAAUUUUGAACAAUUGAUAAGCAUGGAUACCCACUGUUUACAUUCGAAACAAAUUGCUGCUAUUCAAAUUUGACAGUUCGCAAUCGACGUUUGAUUUUGUGCUGUUCUGCCAGUGGAGCAGCACUAGCACUAGCAGAAGCUUUUCGAUCAGAACGUCUCCGAGCUCGAUCAGGGUGAAAAGUUCUCCAUGUUUGAUUCGUGUUUACUUUCUCAGAGUGUGUAGGGAAGAAAAUUGUCUGCAUGGACUGUUUUCGGUUCACUUUUGCAAGAACUGGUUUAAAAAAUGUAUAAUUUAAUAAAUUAUAUGUGAUCCUACUUGAACGGAUGAAUUUGCAGAUAUAACUCAAAUCAGUGAUUACAUACAGUAUUGGGUGUUUUCCACCCAUUCGAUUUUUUUUCCUUUGAAAAUUGUGUUCGAAAAAUAUUAAUUGCGAUGACAAGUUGUCGAUGAAUAACGUUCGAGAGCUACAAAUGAAGUAUUGAGAAUAAUCCACAACAUGGAUGUGGAUUCGCCAAAUUCCCUCAAGCGAUGUUCCAGUGCGCCUCAGAUCAACAACCUGCUGCCCACGACAGCCGUUGGAGAACAUCAUCCUAUUGUGCCAAUGGACGAAGGACAAACACAACAAGACUCGAGACCAUCACCAAUUGCCCAGCAGCAGUCUUCGUUUCGUCAAAAUAGUAAUGGUACAAAUACAUUUACCCAGCAGCAGCAGCAUCAUCAACAGCACUAUCAACAUACAAUGUCUUCCAACACAUCGAGUUUGCUGAAUUCCGGCACUGCAUCGAAUAGGGAUUCUCCGCCUACUUCGUUCUCUAAUAUAUUUGCACCGCGCGUGCGACGAUUUUCGGCCAGUUUCAGUCCGUUGGCCGUUAUCUCCAAUGGCAGUUCCAGUCCUAGUCGGUCGGGCAGUUGCACACCUGGACCUCGGCUAACGCCCCGGAUAUCUCAACUGCGGCAGGAGGAGUGUGCCGAUGUCAGCAACAGUCGCGAAGUCAAUCACGAGCGCGAAAUCCAUUCGGCUAUGCAAAUGUCCCAGAGUUACGAAGAUCUUACAUUGGUCACCGAAAAUUGGUCCUUCUCAUCGAGUGCCAAAAACAACGACGAUCUGAUCAAUCCACUGCAUGUGGCGCUUCCGUCGAUUGGCACCAACUACUGCUCUAGUCCUUCUCCCACCAGCCGCGGUGGUAUCGGGUUGCAGUACCCGACGACCUCUCCAUCGCCGACCCGAAAGUUUGUCACACGUCGAUCGAUGUCACCGUGUCCGAUUCGGCCGAGCCCGCUCAGUUCAUCAGUGAAAAGGAAAUUCGAUCUGGAGGACAACAACUAUGGAAAUUGCUAUUCACCGCCUCCCCUGAAGAAGAUUUUCACCUCGGAAAGAGGCUCAUCUCCAGUGUAUCAAACACCCUCUCCCUCGCCAAUCUGUCCCAGUCCGGACUCGUCGACAGCUUCGUUUGAAAAUGGUAGCAACAACGUUUCGAACAGUGGACGGAUAACGCCCAAAUUCUUUGUCACUAAGCUUUCAGCCGCGCAAGCAGCAACUACUCCGCUUAGCGGUAACGGCAGCAACGGUGCUAAUGGUGGCACCGCAGCUACCAUUUGCAUAACACACCCAUUGCACAACGAGUCACCUCCGUCUUCGUCCUCCUCGUCGUCGCUGAUGAUGAUGGAUUGUGGAGUGAGCAGCAGCAGCAGUGGCCACAACCAGCUGAAGCUUGGCUCGAAAGUUGGCCAACCUAACGCGACGACGGCGGUUACCAGCAGCGGAAACUCCAAGAUGGAUAGCGACGAAGAUAUUGUCGAUAUGAAUCUAGUGGCAAGUACCACUAGCAGGGCGACUACCGAUUCCUCGGAGGCAGCCAUGGAUGACGUGGUGAAAGCGACCCGUCGGUUGGAAGACCAAAGCGAACCGGAACUUUUGGACAGCAGCAGCAGUGCCAUCAGCAACAGUCAUAGGCUAAGCACUGGCAGCGUUAGUAAUAUGAGUAACGAAAACAACAGCGAAAGCAGCAAUUCUCUGUGCCCUCUGGCAUUCGAGUCGAGUGUACUGGCUGCUGCAACUUCAACUGCCAAAGGGAACGGAGUGUUCCUGGCGAACAACAUUGAAAUUGCUGAAACCUGAGUAGACAGACAGCGCGCUGGAAUGUAAAUCUUGAUGGGACAAACAUAGAAACUCUAACACGCUUAGGAAAACAGAAGGAGGCUUUGUUUUCCAGAACUUACCUUUAUUGUAUAUUUACUUUUGCAUUAUUUAGGCUCUGGUCUAAUGAUUUGGUUUUUUAUGGCAUAUAAUCGUAGAUAGAGUCCAUAGAGGGCAACAGGAUAAGUGGAUGAUAUUCACCUAGUAGCAUACUAUAAACCAAAUAAGAUCAUAAAAUAUUGGAUUAGAAACAUUCUUAUGUAACAUCAGUGCUCCGUGCUGUUAAUACGAUGGAAUGCAUUCACAUACGAUCCUUCUUGAGGUAGAUUUCAAUCCUUUUUAUUUUCUUUCGUAUGUAACACGAUAUAGAAUGAUGAAGGUGUUUUGUUUUGUUAAAAUUGUCUAUCGCACAACUUAGCUGUUUUGAAAUUGUGUGCUAUCUUGAAUAUGAUAAAAAAAUCACUCCCAAUUUCACAAAUAACAAUCCAGCCAGCACGAGAUAAUGGAACGUGUGCACUCUAUCUGUUACUAGAAUUAUAAGAAUUCACACAUCAAGCAUAUCCACUAGACUCGGGAAGGGACGAGAGAGUUUCGAGUUAAAGGCCCUUAUAAAUAAAAAAAACGGAUCGGAACUAGACUUCGGAUUCAUUGAAGUGUUUUCGCAACAUUCGAACGGGUUCGAUUCCGAAUGUUUGCUGAUAAUAUCAUACCACGUAGUUCUUACUUAGGAUCCUGUGUACCAGCGUUCAUAAGGAACUUCAAUACCAAAUAACUAAUCCUGAUUCUUACCCGCCUCCAUUGGAAGAAAAAAAAUCUACACUUUAUUAUUGCAUUACUGUAACAUCUAAUUUAAAUCACUGUACUGAUUGGAUAAAGUUAAUCGUAGUAAAGCAAUAACAUUUAACACGAUAGUGGAAUUGAAGGAAGGAUUAGCAGCGUAUCAACAAUUCAGCAACAUAAAAAACAAAACCUGCCCCGUUUCCGGCAUUUCACUUGACUAUUUUGAUCUAUUGAGUACCGUUCUUUCUUAUGAAAUUGUGUGGAGUCGAUCCAACCAAGAGAUAGACUUAGUUCAAGUAAAACAAGUGAUAAUAAAAAUUAGUACGAAAUAAUCUCAAA